AUGGUCAGAGAAGAAGACAAUAUUUUUUGGUCCAACCAAACGAUUCGAAGCAAGGACUUAAGGAUACGUCAGGAAAGGAAGGACGAAAGUAUAAAGCUUCACUGCUUACCGGAAUUAAAUCGAGUGAAUGAAGCACUCAUAGAAAUUAAAGGAAAGUGUGAAAAGAAAAAUGAAUCAGUAUCAACAGGAGAAAAAGAAAAAAGAGCUAGAAAAAAAAACAAGAGUCUAGUGGAAUUGAUUGAAAAACUGGUAACGAUUAGUAAGCCACCGACUUUAAGUCCAGUAGGAUUUGAUGGCAACUCGAGAAUGUGGGGUCAGUUUAUUAGUCAGUUUGGGGAAUCAAUUCACAUUCACAAGAGAAGUGAUUUAACGCCAACACAGAAAUUCAUGUAUUUGUUGAGCAGUUUGAAGAUGAAGAUUUGCAAGACAGAGUCUGAACAGUUGGAAAAGCAAAAACAGGCAUUAAUAAUGGAAUCGGAAGCAAAAUUGAAAGAGCAAGAACAAUUGUGUCGUGAUGCCGAGAAUAAGAUUGAGAUGCACGAAGAAAUGCUUAAAAAUUGCGCGAUAAAAGUAAAAUGUUUUUAUUGCGGAUUUGAUCAUAAUAGUGCUUUAUGCAAGAAACGCUAUGGAAUCAAGCAGGGUAAAGAUUACAAAGUUAAUGAAAGAGAUGAACACAAGCCCAACGACUGUGGCAGCUACGGUUGUGGAUGA